AUGGCCCUUCUUCUCCGUCUCCAUCGAAGAAGCACGACCAACUCUCGCAUAGUCUUCUUCUCUACUUCCAAUGCUGAUUCCAAUUCCAACUCUCCCUUCUCUUCCCUUCUCAGAGAAAUCAAGAUCAGUCCCAAACAAUCCUCUCCCCCUUCCUCAGACCUCCGCUCCCAAAAACCCUGGCGGAACGAAAUCCAAAAAAACCUCACCGAGUUCCGUGCCCGGACCACCCCACCACCGCCGGGCGAACCGCAACAGCACAACCAGCAAUUAUCGUUCCAGGGUAUCUACCACCGCAACAUGCAGCGUAAAACUUCGGGAGGACAGCCCUCCAUCAGCUUGAAAUCCAUUAAAGAGAACCUGCGGAUCAUCCCCGGCGGCCAAAAUUCGGUGCGGCCCAGCCGUCCCGGGUUGACCGACGGGACGAGCGCCCUGCCGGAUUCCAUUUUCGGGAAGGAGAUGAGGAAAGAGGGCUCGGCGAUGACGGCGGUGUUUUCGGCAGGUUUCUUGAAGACCUACAGUAUGGAUGAAUUGGGGAAGAAAUUGAGGAUGCUGAGACCGGAGGGACAGGGGAAGGGUUGGUUUUCGGUGAGGGAGUUGAGUGAGAGGUUGGUGAGGUUGAGGCAGAUGGAGAAGGAGCAAGCCCGUUCCAAUACCCAAGAUGAUGCUUUUGACAAAGUCAGAGGAUGCCUCGUUGAGAUACAAGAAGAGGAAACUCGCACGGCUAAGAAAGCUUCAGUUCAGGGACUUAGUAUAUUGACCCACUUGAGUGGGACACAAAUCUUCUCCCUUGAUCCUCCUAAACUCGAUCUUGUUGAAAAGGCAAUUAUUUAUACUUCACAUUACUUUCACCCUGAUAAUAUGUCCUCCGAGGAGAAGUUGAAAAUUGAGCUUGCCAAGGUUAGAGACGAGUUUAAAAUGUCGGAGUCGGACUGCGGUUCUGCGCGUGUUCAAAUUGCACAACUCACAACUAAGAUUAAGCAUCUAUCAGCCGUUCUACACAAGAAGCUAUUUAAACAUAAUCUAGGAGUCCAAGGUGUUCGAGCCAAGCCUCGUAAGAAAUGUGGGCCAGGCUUCCGAAAAUCAGCGGAGAUAGGUCUGACCGAAGGGUUGGCACAUUCGAAAAGGAGAGUCAUGAAUUUGUAA